AUGGUGCUACCUCAAAAUUCCAUGAUAAGACGGUGCUGGGACUUCCUUACGACGCCACGAACCCACAGGCAUAUCGCUAGACCAUCAUCCGUCAAUCAACCAGAAGUUUCACCAUCAUCGCCCCAACAAUUAUAUCAGGAGUGGCUCGCGCGACGUUACCAGCCUUGCAAAUUCCUUUCAGAAAAUAAAGUCCCAAAUGUUGUUUGGUUUGAAGAUGCAUUAGCCCUUCAUGGCAAAAGCACGGGCGUGUCGGACCUUUACCUGCUGGUGCCUGAUAUGCGUGCGAGCGCCAAUCUGUUCAUCGCCAAUGGAUAUGAGGAGACUGAGAUAUCAAGCCGCUUUCCUGACGACGAGAUAUUCUGCAGAGGAGGAAUUCGACUGAAACUGGCAGAAGAUGGCCCAGAUCCCGAGAUUGUUCUCAUAAACGCUGAAGUCUGGAACUAUGACCUACAAGAGAAGACUGACCUUGACAUGGCUCCGCUUCCCCCGUUGAGCAAGUUCCUCGAGGCUUUGAUGCGGUAUUGGAUUGAGCUCCCUGAGGAAGAGUAUUCUGAGAAAUUUGCUUGGGCCUUGUCUCUUGCAACCCUUAUUCACUGUGGAUAUAGUGGUUCAAGACCUGGAGGCGACUUUGUCCAGCAGCUACAACCUGAAUUGGCUGAACUUCAUUACGACUUGAUGGGUGGUUACCUCAAACCAAGUCCCAUUUCAUCAUACAGAAAGCACGAAUAUCACGCCAUAAGAUACCGACAAAUCCAGAAAGGAGAAUUCACCGCUCAACCGUAUCCGGCAAACUCGUUCCCUCCUUCUAUGGCCGAGUAUCCUGACUUGACAGGUCUGAAUGCAAAGGGUGUUCCUGAGAGUAAACGGUCAAAAAGGGGGAGAAAACGCAGACACCGGAAGAAAUCUAAGCCAUUGGAGGGAAUUGACGAAGGGGAUGAGUAG